AUAUUCAAAGUUCUAUAAGAGAGAAGCAUCGUCAGCUUAUUUCAGGUUUUGGAUGAUACUUUUAUCGAUCAAUGAUGGCUUUGAUGGACACGCUUCUCCUCUCUGCUAUGUCUUCAGGGGUUUUGUUCUUCCUCUUAACACCAUUGGUGUUUAUAUAUUAGGUGUUGGAGUGUCCGGUGAUAAGGAUUGAUUGCUUCACUAAAAUUUGUUAAGGCAUCAACAGUACGUAGCAUCUCCAUCUUCGGCUUCAGUAUCCUCUACAACGUCAAGGUAACGCUCUCUCUACUGCGAGUAAAAACCACAUCACUAUUCAUAUCUUCUUCUUCUUGUUCUAUUUUUUUCUGUUGUUGUUGUUCUUCGUGACGCUGAUGGUGCGGUGCCGUGAGUGACAUUCUUCUAAACCCCCGAUGCUGUCUCUGAUUUUGGUUUUAAACCGAUCCGAUCAUCUAUUGAGUUGUGAAUUCGUCCAGGGUGGUUUUUUGGAAGCGAAUCAUCAUCGCUCGCUCCUGCUUCUGAAUUUUCACACUUUCUUAGACGGUUUGAUUUAUAACUUGUCCUUGUGUUGUUUUGGGAGGGGAAUCUAUGAUCCUCAUCAUCACUCCCCCCUCUUCUUGGGUUUGGUCUCUAUCAAUUCAAUUCUUCUUCUUAAUCACUCCCCCCUCUUCUUGGGUGUUUUGGGAAAGAGAGUCUAUGAUCCGAUCCUUGCUCCCCCUACGAUAGUCCAGGCACCGAGAUUACAGUGUGGGAGGUUCCAAGAGAAAGCAUUGUGGGAGUGCCUAUGCUUUCUGAGUUUAACUUUCAGGUUUUGGAUGCUGCUUUUACCAAUCAUUGAUGGCUUUGACUGAUCUACCUCAGGCGUUCUCAUGGGUUCUUUGCUCUAAGCGCAUC